UAAGUCGGCGACCGCGAGCACCAACAAAGAAGAGAAGCCUCCGUCGAGUCCUCUCUCUCUCUCUCUCUCACGAUCGAAGCUACCCUGGGCGCUGAGAUUUCAACUUUCAAUGGAAGGGAGUUCAUCGCGUCCCAGCCGCAAGCGCCCUUUCUUCGAGGACGAUCCUGACUCCAGCAAAGCACCCUCGCAAAAGAGGGUGCGGUUCCCCAAGGGGAAGAAGGUGAAGCCGGGAGAUGAAGCUGCCAUCAGACGCCCUGUGGUGGAAGACGAGGAGGGGCCUAGCGAUUUGGACGACCCUCGGCUGGCUGCGAAGGCGCGCGCGACUCGCCGCAGCCAAAUCACGGCCGAGCUCUUCAGUGAGGAUAGCAGGGGGAUUGCCAAUGACAUUUCUGCUGCUGAAGUGGCUUAUGAGGACAAUGAUAAUUUUGUAGAAGAUGGGAUUCAGAUAGAACCUUUCAACUUGAAUAAAGAGAGAGAAGAGGGCUAUUUUGAUGCUGACGGAAACUUUGUAGAAUAUGUCAAUGAAAAUGAAAUCAAGGAUGCAUGGCUUGACAGUGUUGAAGCAUUCACAAGCGUGACUUCUAGAAGCUCGGUCGUAACACCCGCUGAAGAAGAUACUCGUGAACUGUCAUCUGAUGAUAUUGGGAAGAUGAAGAGACGGAUUGCUAACUUGCUCGAGCCAGGAGAAACAGUACUACAAGCAUUGAGACGGUUGAAGGGAUCAUCAGGUAAUCGGAAAGAGAAGAUGUCAGCUGAGACAAAACAUUUAUUUGACCAGCUCACGGAAGAUGCAGUGACGCUUAUGGAGAAUGGUGAAUACAAUGUGUACCAUGAGACACGAGAGGUUUUUGAACGAGAGGCAGAAGGAUAUGAAAGAUUGGCUUGGGCCAGGAAUGGGGGCACAGCCAUAGCUGCACGCAAUGGGAAUCUAGAUAAAAGUCUUGAAAUGAAUCUCUUGUCUGAAGGAACAGAUACUGAGUUGGCUUCUUGUCACAAUAAUGCUGCUGCUGGAACUUCUGAUUUUGAUGCUUCGACCUCACAGUCACAGGUAUUAAAUGGCGGUGCUGAAGAGUUUGAUAUGUUUGCGGAAGAUGAUGAAAAAGCUACAAUAAAUAAAUCAUCCGAAGAGAUUGAUCAUAUUCCUCAUGGAGGCAAUGCGGUUCCUCAAUCAUCAUCAAGCGUUGACAAUGCAUAUCCUGAGGCUGGAGAGUCGCAGAGUGAUUAUGUUUAUGACGAGUCUUCUGGGUACUAUUACAGCAGCAGUUUGGGUUAUUAUUAUGACCCAUCUACUAGGCUUUAUUGCUCUGCAGCUUCUGGACAAUGGUACGCAUUUAACGAGGAAACUGGAACAUAUGAAGAAGUCCAGGCGGAUGUAUCCAAUACAAGUUAAUAUAAAGACAGACUUGUGGUUCUCGGUGGGACCUUAUCCGAUUAAACGGGGCAAAGAGUGUGGGACUCACUGACGAAGAAGAAUAUCGAUAGAUGGUUUUAUGUCAGUAAUGCUAGGUAUACUGAGCUUGCUGUACAAAUCAUCAUAUCAAGAGAUGCAUUAUGCUGUUCUGCAUUAAUUUGGUUGCUUUUGAUGUGACUUGGCACAUCUUAUACUGCACCCUAAUACUGACCAAAACUGCUGGCAUGCUUGAGCUUGCUUAGUCUGAUGCAAGUCGUCUA